AUGAGAGAAUCAGAAGAAUACAUCGAAAUAGGAAAAGAGAGAAUUGCAAAAAAAGAUAUUUGUCUUUACAAAUAUGAAGAAGGAGAGUUUGUAGGACAUCUUCUUGAAGCUAAAGGAAAAACUAAAAAGCAUCGAGUUAUUAAAGUGAAAAUGGAAAAAGAAGAAUAUAAAAAAUUGAAAAUAGAAAUAGAUAAAAAGAAAAAAUAUCCAAAAUUAUAUAUUAUAUUAAAUCCAUUUAGUGGAACAAAAAAAGGAGAAAUAAUAAUGAAAGAAAUAGAAGAAUAUUUAAUAAGUAUGGGAAUAAUAUAUACAAUUCAAAAAACAGAAUAUCCAGGACAUGAAAAAGAAAUAGCAGAAAAAACUGAUUUUAGUCAAUAUGAUGUUAUUGUAUCGGGAGGAGGAGAUGGAACAUUAUAUUCAAUAAUUAAUGGAAUUAUUUCACAACAUAAAAAAGAAAUUCCAAUAGUAUCACCACUUGCAUGUGGAUCAGGAAAUGGAGUAGCAUAUAGUUUAUAUAAAGAUAAUGAACCAAUAACAGGAAUGUGUCAUAUAAUAUGUGGAGAAGUUACAAGAAUUGAUGGAAUUAUAUUAAAUCAUCAUAAAAAAAAAAAGAAAUAUUAUGGAAUAUUACAAUUUGAAUUUUCAUAUUUAUCAAGUAUUGAUUUUGAAAGUGAAUGUAUUAGAUGGCUUGGAGCAUUUAGAUUUAUUUUAUGGACACUUUGGUAUUGUGUUACACUUAUGACUACUAAAGCAAAAAUAAAAACUAAAAAAUAUGAAAUGACAAAUGAUGGAGAAUGUGGAGCAUUAUGUUCUACUUGUAAAAAUAAUAAAAUAAAAGAACUAGAUUAUACAAAAGAUAUUGCUGAUCAAAUUAUUCAACAACAUAUAGAUCCUGAUUCUUCUCUCUCUAAAAAUGAUGGUUGGGAAGAAUUACCUUAUUCUUCUUAUUGUAUUUAUUUUUUUAAUAAUUUCGCUUAUGGAAUGCCAGGAAUUGAAUUUGCUCAUGGUGCUCAUAGAAAUGAUGGUUUUAUUGAUUCAUGGAUUCUUCCUGGUGAAAGAGCAACUCGUUGGAGAUUUUUAGGUUUUUGGAUUUGUGCUGUAUUAAAUCUUUUUGUACCUAAUUAUAUUUCAGGUUUUGAUUAUUUUAGAUCAACUGCUUUAUCUAUUAGAUUACAAAAUGAUGUCGUAAUUGGUAUCGAUGGUGAAAAACUUCCUCCAGGAAAUAGUUUUGAUUUAUAUGUUGCCCCUGGUUUAUAUCGUACUAUGUUAUGUACUAAUUAA